UCUUGGACAGAAGGACGAACGCGCACUUGGAAGAGCGCGAGACGGUGUUAUUGUACUUCAGUCUAUUAUCUAUCUAGGCAUCUACACAAGAGCAUCGGGGGCUUUUACUUGACUCAGCAAGAUGGUUAAAGAUCCAAGGAAGCCCAGAGGAAAAAUGUCCUCUUAUGCCUACUUUGUGCAAACCUGUCGUGAGGAGCAUAAGAAAAAGCAUCCAGAUGCUACUGUUAACUUCUCUGAAUUCUCCAAGAAAUGCUCAGAGCGAUGGAAGUCAAUGACACCCAAAGAGAAGGGCAAGUUUGAAGAUAUGGCAAAACAGGAUAAAGUCCGUUAUGAAAGAGAAAUGAAGAACUACGUCCCUCCCAAAGGUGAAAAGAAGAAACGGUUUAAGGACCCUAAUGCCCCCAAGAGACCUCCGUCGGCUUUCUUCAUUUUCUGUGGUGACUACCGCCCUAAGAUCAAGGGUGAAAACCCAGGCCUGUCCAUUGGAGACAUAGCGAAGAAGCUGGGAGAGAUGUGGAACAGCUCAUCAGCAGAAGUAAAGCAGCCUUAUGAGAAGAAGGCAGCCAAGUUGAAGGAGAAGUAUGACAAGGAUAUUGCUGUAUACCGCACAAAAGGAAUUGCAGGGUUAUCCAAAAAGGCUCCUGGUGAGGAGGAGGAUGAUGGCGAAGAUGAUGAUGAAGAAGAUGAUGAAGAUGAGGAAGACGAAGAUGAUGAGUAGAGUAGCUACUGAUGAAGCCUUUGUUCUUGUUCAUACCAUAAACCCAAUUGUACACGAUUUGCGUCCUGAAACCUAAUACAGCAGAAACAAGAAUUGUUAGGCUGUGUAUAUGAAACGUUUUUAAGAUGUACAGUGUUAUUCUCCUUUUGUAAAGUUAACACUAUGUGUCUAUAGUCUUUGCUCCCUCCCUCUCCCCCUUUUGGUUAGUGGUAGUUCUUGCGUGGAACAGUUUAAGGUGGAGGAGAACGGCUGUUUCUAUGAAGGUGCAUAGCACAAUUAUCUGGUUUCUGUAGAUCUGUAGUACAUUGUCAUAUUAGUUUUUAAAAAUAUUUUUCGUAUUUGCUGUCAAGGUCCUUUUAAUUGUACUUUGAUUACCACUCUAAUUACAAGAAUGCAGCUUUGUUUGACAUUCACGAAUGUGUCUGAAAUAAACAUUUUCUUUCUUUUUUUUAA